GUGUUUUUCCCCCAUCAGUCACUUCCAUCCUACUCACCCACGGGUCAAGUUUACUCCGAGACGGAUUUGGUCACCUCUUCGCUGCCCCUGAUGGAGGAAGGAGCGCUUUAUUCGGGGUGGUUGACUCAGCCGCCCCCGGCCACAUUGCAACCUCUGACCCAAUGGACUACGGCCCCGGAUUACGUGUCUCACGAAGCGGUCAGCUGCCCUUACACGGCUGACAUGUUUGUUCAGCCGGUCUGCCCCAGUUACACCCUCGUGGGGACGUCCUCCGUGCUGACCUACACUUCCCAGCCACUCAUCACAAACUUUGCG